UCUCACAAGCUUCUGCUUAUAGAACCCUAACCAAUCAAUGCUGUUAGCCUGUUACAAACAAAACGCCACAAAUUCUUGGUUUGUUUUCUUUACCUGAAAAACCCUGCAAAUUUCAUCCCUCUCUCAUUCUGCUCAUGUUUCACCUUAAUAAUCUUCCGUAUAAACCUGCAAAAAUCCCCAUCCAUCGCCAUAACUUGCAGCUGCGGAGGAGGAGGAGAAGGAGAAGGAGGAGCCCUUUCGGAAAUUAUGGAUACCAAUUACACCAUUUACGAUGAGAUUAUGACUACGGAGAGUGGCAAUUUCAUCACCUUCUGCUUGACUUUGCCUCCCAAGAUAAAUUCCCAUGGCAUUUGGGAUAGUGUUCUCGGGCAUUCGAAUGUUGAGAGGCCUACUCCACUCCCAUUGUUGGAGCUUCAGAUGCUCACGAUUUUUUGUGUCACCAUGCUCCUCCAUUUCUUCCUCCAGCUCCUUGGCCUCCCUGUUUUUGUCUCCCAAAUGAUCGCUGGCUUGAUUCUUGGAUCAUCAUGGAGGGGAAACUCCGAGUCAUUUGACAAAUUCAAAGAUUUUCUAUUUUCCAUUGGAUCCCAAGAGAUCUUGGGCAUGGUGACGGGAUUCGGUUACACACUUUUUGUUUUCCUUAUUGGAGUUAGGAUGGAUUUAGGUGUGGUUAAGAGAUCAGGGAGACAAACAUUGAUAACUGGUGUUUUGUCAAUAAUUGUUCCUGCACUACUUGGCUUGAUGGCAGCAGUUGGUCUCUCGAGAUUUGGGGAGGAGGAUGAGGCUGCUAACCUGGAGUUUAUAGCAGCAAACCAAUCCUACACUUCAUUUGCAGUUGUGGUUUCCCUGCUUGAACACCUUAAGAUUCUGAAUUCUGAAGUUGGUAGAUUGGUGCUUUCUUCUUCAAUAGUAGCUGAUAUGGUAGGCCUGAGUUUCUCAUUCAUUGUUAGUGUGGUCGAAAAUGUCCACAGCCAUGGCGUUUUUGGUGCUUCAAUUGGUUUUAUUUUUACAAUUUUGUCUGUUGUCAUUGUUCUGUUUGUCUUUCGGCCUGUGAUGCUUUGGAUUGUCAGAUCCACACCACAUGGGAGACCUGUGCAGGAUGGAUACAUAUGUCUCAUCAUUCUAUUGGUGCUUGUAUCUAGUGUAACUUCCAACAUCAUGGGACGAACUAUUUAUUCUGGGCCAUUUCUCUUGGGUUUGGUUGUGCCUGAAGGACCACCAUUAGGAGCCAGCCUAGUGAAUAAACUCGAUGGCAUUAUUACGUCAGUUUUCAUACCACUCUUUAUCACCAUCGCGGUGAUUAAGGCUGAUCUUUCGUUUAUCAACUACAGUGGCUUAUUUUUGGCUAAGUCUAUGACUGUGAUCUUAAUAACCAUUAUGGGGAAAAUGGCUGUGUGUGUUGGUACUUCUCUGUAUUUCAAGAUGUCUUCUUAUGAUGCCUUGGCAUUUGGCCUCAUAAUGAGCAGCAAAGGCAUUGUAGAGCUUGCUGCCUCCUCCUACUUUUAUGACAGCAAGGUUCUGAGUCACCAAACUUUUGCAGUGUUGGUUGUUGAUAUUUUGAUUAUCUCGAUUUUGAUGCCGAUGCUUGUGAAAUGGAUCUAUGAUCCUUCAAGAAAAUAUAUUGGCUAUCAGAAAAGGAACAUUCUCAAUUUGAAGCCUAACGCCGAGCUGAGUGUAUUGGGGUGCCUUCAUACACAGAAUGACGUACCUGUCUUGCUCAACCUUAUCGAUGCCUCGUGCCCGACUGAGGACUCUCCCAUUUCCCUGUAUGCUCUUCACGUUGAAGAAUUGGUUGGUCGGGCCACCCCGGUUUUCAUUUCGCACGAACUUCAAGACCAAAAGGGUUCCUACAAGGAGUUGCUCUCAGGUAAUAUAAUCCAGAUGCUUCGCAAGUAUGAGAGGAACAAUCGAGAUGUUGUAUCGAUUGAGGUAUUCACAGCAAUCGCCCCAAUGAAGCUAAUGCAUGAGGACAUAUGCACUUUAGCAGCUAGGAAACUCACUUCUCUGAUAAUCCUUCCAUUUCAUCGAAAAUGGACAAAAGAAGGAUACAUUGAAUCAGAGGAUAACAAUAUCAGGGCCUUAAAUUGUCACGUCCUAGAUCGGGCACCCUGCUCCGUGGGAAUCCUCAUCGACCGUGGCAAUCUUACCAGCUCUCUUCCAUUUGGACAUUCACGUACACCAUCACUCCAAGUUGCAAUGAUUUUCAUCGGCGGCCCAGACGAUAGAGAAGCAUUCUCGUUUGCCASACGCAUGGUCAAAGAUCUGAGCAUCGCACAACUCACGGUGAUACGCCUACUCGCAGAAGACGAGAGCGUAAGCCAUUGGGAGAAGGUUCUGGACACAGAACUGCUGAACGACAUGAAGCACAGUUUCGUCGGGGGCGAACGGUUUGCGUACUUGGAAAGGAGAGCAGAUGAGGGGUCGGAGACGGCAGCAAUAGUGAGAUCCGUCUGCGACGAAUAUGAUCUUAUAAUAGUUGGAAGAAGAGAUGGGGUUGAAUCACCACAGACUUCAGGUUUGAUGGAAUGGAAUGAGUUUCCGGAACUUGGAAUUGUUGGGGACAUGCUUGCUUCUGCUGAUUCAGAUUGUAGAGCCUCCACCUUGGUGGUUCAACAGCAGCAACAAUGGAUAUAUAAGCUAUGAUUUUCAUUUAUUGCAUCAUUUCUUUUCUUUUUCUUUUGGGUGUGUUUAAUUGUAUCAUAGUUUUAGGGACAUUAUUUUGAAGUUAUUGUGCUAUGAAAAUCCUCCAGAAAUGAGGACAAGCAGUUGUUAAAGCCAUGAACUAAGUCUUUUCUUGAA